GUGUUGUACUUAAGUAUUUUGUGGUAUACUUUUUAUUCCACUAUAUUUAUUUGACAGCUAUAGUUACUUUCCAGAUUUUUUUUUUUUCAUAUCAGCUUGUGAAAUAUGAAUAAUUUGUUGACCAAAUGCACAAUCAACUAGCUAGGUUCAUGCAUGAAUAAUCCAAUAACUGUACUGCAAACGGACUGCAGCUUUUGUAAUUUUAGUCAAGUUGAAUUUUGAAUGAAGGACUUCGUAAAUUUUUACAGUGAGGUAUGAUCUUCAUACUUUUUCCACCAAUGCUCGUUGCUUCAGGUUUGUAUCUGUUGUUCUUUUGAUGAAGACAGGCCGCUUGCAAGAGGAGGAAGAGGAGGAGGGGAAAGUUUCGAGUGGGAGGCUAAAAAGUCAAAGAUGCAGUCAGAUGCGCAACUUUUUUGUCAAUGAAAGAGGAGAAGGGGGUCUGUUCUGUCCUAGACAGGCGCUAAUCUCGCCUGCUGGGGCAGCCGUGCCACCGGACAGUCUGGACCAUGACCUUGAACAGCAAGCUCAUGGGCAAGACGGACAUCGGCGCGGAGAGCCAGGCAGACUUUGGCGAAGACGUGGAGAACUCAGAUUUCUCAUUGUUUAGUAAGAGUAAUGCCGACACCGGGCAAAGCGCGCCAUCCUUCACCCCCGGAGACCAGGAGGAGGGAGAGUUUGCUGUCCGGCUACAGGAUGUCCCAGGAAGGAGAACCGCCUCGGUGAAGCCUCCGUACUCGUACAUCGCUCUAAUCACCAUGGCCAUCCUCCAGAGCCCGAAAAAGAGACUCACCCUCAGUGAGAUAUGUGACUUUAUCAGUCAGCGCUUCGCAUAUUAUCGGGAGAAGUUUCCUGCGUGGCAAAACUCAAUUCGUCACAACCUGUCUUUGAAUGACUGCUUUGUCAAGAUGCCCCGGGAGCCUGGAAAUCCUGGCAAAGGAAAUUAUUGGACCCUGGAUCCCAUGUCGGCCGAUAUGUUUGAAAAUGGGAGUUUUCUUCGGCGGAGAAAACGCUUCAAGAGGCAACGUUUCUUUGUGGGAGCGCUGAAGGAGUCCAGGGCGCAGGAGCGCAGCCUGGUGCCCGCUUUUCCCCUGCUUGGAGCGCACAGGCUGGGCUCUUUCCUCCAGGCUCCUGAUUUGUACCACAACCUGGACAUAAGGUGUCGUUUAGGCUCCCACACUAGUCCCAGCAUCACACCUGUGAGCAGCAUCAUACCUGCGCUCUCCUCGCUUCUCACUAAGAAUUCUCCUUCUUGUCUAACUUUUGAACAUUUCGACCCGGGACGCUGCGCCGCUGUCCCAUCUCUGGCUCCAAACUCGUCGUUCAUGGCUCUUGGGUCACCGCACGGAAUGAUACCCGACUACCAUGCCUCUCAUCUGUCCACUUUCCCCGCUGGAAUCCUAAAAAUUUCAUCUAAUUCAACUUAAUGCUACGAUGUCCGCUUGCCUUGAAUUUGCGUAAAACCGAAUCUCCAUCCUCUCAGCCUGAGAAUAAAUCCACGGUACAUUGUAUGAAUUUCUAGUUUUUAAUGGUGGCUCUAAUAUUGCAAGCAGGCCACCGUAUUUGUGGAGUUUGUUUUCCUGAAGUAAAUGCUUUUGAACGACUGAUGUUUUACAACCCUUAAAUACGUUUGCAAUAAAAUGUGACUGAAUUUGAUGAGUUUGUUCAAUUUUAAUGAAAUACCACAGGGUUUUUAAUGUGGUCCCACAGUCCAGCUUCGAGUUUAUUACGUUUUGACAGGCUGUUUCACUUUUUUUAUCUUUUCCUUUGAUAUUCAUGUAUAUCUCCAACAGGGUACUUGUUUUCACGAAUGCAAAAUGAAUCGCGCUACAGUAAACGUAAAUAAAUAGAUAA